AUGCAGGACCACGUACUGCCCGUGGCAUUUAAAAAUUUCUCCCCGUCCAAACGCAACACCCCUCCUUCCCUCUUCUUCCAGUGCUCAGACCUCAUCCUCCCAUGGCUAACCCCACAAGAGCUAGCCAUAGCAUCUCUCACCUGCACCACCCUCCGCAACCUCUCCAACUCUAUCACUCUCCGCCGCUCCUCCGACGCUUCCAGAUCCCUCGAGCCCCUUCCCAUCCCCUUCCACAGCUCCCUCGACCAACACCCUUAUGCCUUCUUCCUCUAUCAACCCACAUCUUCACCUUCUUCUAAUCUUAUACGACAGUCGUGGGGUUCUACUCACCAGAAUCCAGAAACGGAGACAAGAACUGAAACGUCGUCGUUAUGUUUUGUCGACGAAACUGGAAACUGCGCGUCUUCUGGGUGUGGAUGUGAGGAGACAUGUGAGGAUGGUUGUCCGUGUGUUGUUGGCUUUGGUGGCUUCGACGACGGCGUAGUUUUCGAGUGCAGGCCCAGUUGUGGAUGCGGGUUAAGUUGUGGGAAUCGGGUGACUCAGAGAGGGAUUCGGGUUAAGUUGAAGAUUGUGAGGGAUAGUAGAAAAGGGUGGGGUUUGUUUGCCGACCAAUUCAUCCCAAAGGGUCAGUUUGUGUGUGAGUAUGCAGGUGAACUAUUGACGACCAAGGAAUCAAGACUGCGGCAACAAAUGUAUGAUGAACUUUCAUCUGGUGGUCACUUCUCCCCUGCUCUUUUGGUUGUGAGGGAGCAUCUUCCAUCCAAAAUGGCAUGUCUGAGACUCAAUAUUGAUGCCACAAGAAUUGGAAACGUCUCAAGGUUCAUCAAUCAUUCUUGCGACAGAGGUAAUCUAUCCACAGCUCUUGUUAGAAGCUCAGGUGUGUUGCUUCCACGUCUUUGCUUUUUUGCUUCAGAUGACAUAAAAAAAGAUGAAGAGCUUACGUUCAGCUAUGGUGAAACUAGGCUAAACUCCGAGGGUUUGCGGUGCUUUUGUGGAAGCUCUUGCUGUGUAGGUAUAUUACCCUCAGAGCAGACUUAGUUGCUGCUUUGGGCUGUAGCUCUGGAUAAGCUUGCAUUCUUUGAAGUAUCUAGGAGAAGAAGAAUCACUGGCGGAACAUAUAGAAUUCUGCAUUGAGCUACAAAUAGGAAGUCGGAGAGGUAUCAGAAGAGAUAAAACUGUCACUGCCCUCUUUUGAAGUCACGGAAACUGAACAAGCGCCACAAUAUUGAGUAUUCAUGGCACGCCCGAGGCACUUGCUGAUAUAUACCAUUGCCAUCAGGUUUUCGGAAGUGAGAUGAGUAGCAAGGAAUUACAUAAUGAUGGAGAUGCACUUGCUAUAGCGGGAACAAUUCUUGGUUUACAACAGCUCUAGAUAUAUGGAAAUUAGGUGACUAACAAGGGCUUGCAAGCCAUUCUGGAUGGUUGUCCAAUGUCCAUGUCUUGAGUGU